AAAAUAGCCAAACAGGAACAAUCCCACUACUAAAGCAUCCCACUACCUAUUCCCGUUGUAUCAUAUAUCUUGGUCUUCACUUGCAUAACAUGCCUCACUUCGUUUUCUGCCAUACCAUUUACUCUCACAUAAACAUGUGAACCAUGGAACAUCACCGAUCUUACAAUGCCUCUUCUUCUUCCUCUUCCUCGCACCACCUUCAAACAGGUCCACGUUCUGUGUCUUCUCAACGCAGCAUCGCUUCAGUCCCUUCCCUUAACUCACAAUCUCGUCACCAGCAGGAAAACAAAGACCAUCCUUCCACCACCUACCACAGGUGCCUCACAACUCUCAAAGGCCACACUUCCUACACAUCCUGUCUUGCCCUCUCCGGGAAUUUCCUCUACACAGGUUCAUCUGACAGAGAAAUCAGGUCAUGGAAUCGCACCGUUUUACGCUCUGAGCUAGACCCUGAAAAUUCCAUCAGCAACAUAGCACUCUCAGGAAAGGGUGCAGUGAAAUUCAUCGUGGCUCAAUCUGAUAAGCUUUUCAGUGCUCACCAAGACCACAAAAUCAGAGCAUGGAAGAUCAGCAACCAUGAAAGUGACCAACAGGAGUACACGCACCUAGCCACCCUUCCAACUUUGACUGACCGUGCUUCCAAGAUUUUGAUCCCCAAGAACCAUGUCCAGAUCAGAAGGCACAAGAAAUGUACGUGGGUUCAUCAUGUGGACACAGUCUCUGCUCUGGCCCUGUCCAAAGACGAGACCUUGCUCUAUUCAGUUUCAUGGGACAGGACGGUCAAAAUAUGGAGAACCAAAGACUUCACCUGCUUAGAAUCAGUAAGCAACGCACACGACGAUGCCAUAAACGCGGUCGCAGUUUCCCGUGACGGGUACCUGUACACAGGAUCAGCAGAUAAGAGAAUAAAAGUGUGGAAGAAAGGAGAAGGCGAAAAGAAGCAUUCUUUGGUAGAUACUUUAGAGAAACACAAUUCUGGGGUCAAUGCGUUGGCUCUGAGCAGUGAUGAGGGUGUGUUGUAUUCUGGUGCGAGUGACAGAUCGAUAUUGGUGUGGGAGAAAGAUGAAGAAGAAGAUGGAAAAAUGGCGUUGGUGGGGGCAUUAAGAGGGCAUACAAUGUCCAUAUUGUGCUUGGCUGUGGUUCGGGAUUUGGUGUGUAGUGGCUCUGCGGAUAGAACGAUUCGGAUUUGGAGAGGAGUUGAGAAAGAAUACUCGUGUUUAGCAGUUUUGGAAGGGCAUAGAGGUGCCGUUAAGUGCAUAGCUGCGGCGAUUGAUCCUUGUGAUUCGUCUGAAGCUUCUAUUCUAGUGUACAGUGGCAGUUUGGACUGCGACAUUAAGAUGUGGCAGAUUGUUGUUCCAGUUUCUUAGACUCCUAGGAUUCUUGUUUCUCGAUUAUUCAGAGGGAGAUGUAUUAAGUUCAUGAUCCUUCGGAAAUAUCACCUAUUUAUGAUGAGAA